GCGGAGGAGGGGCCGCCUGGAAGGCAGCCGGCAGCAAAAGAACGGAUUCGGGCGCGGAGAGUGGCGGGUCUGGGCGUCUUUCCUUCCCGGAUCGGGGUUCCCCGCCGCUUGGAGCCGCCGAGGCGUCUCCACGAGCCCGCCGCCCUCCCUAGCCGUGUGAUGGGCUCCUCCGCGGGGGAGCAGGUGGACUUGGACGAAGGCGGCCGGCUCCGCUCGCUCUUUCUGGCCUGCGAUGUGAACGGUUCCGGCCGGAUCGAGCGCGAUGACUUCGGCUCGCUCUGCGCCGAGCUGAGGGUCCGGCCGGCGGAGGCCGAAGCUAUUUUUCAGCGCCUGGACACUGACCGAGACGGCGCCAUCACCUUCCACGAGUUCGUCCGGGGGUUUCGCGGCGUCGCUCAACCGCAGAGGCGGCGGAGCGACUGCGAGGAGCUCCCCGGGGAAGAGAGCGGCGCUUUCGGUGCCUUCGCCGGGAUGGCGGCGACGGCGGCGGGAUCUGCGGUGGGUCCCAGCCAGGCCUGGCGGGAAUUUGAGCUUCGGCUCGGGGAGGAGGCGGGCUUCAUUCCCAGGCAAGAGCAGGUCUGCAUUCUAUAUCAGAACAUCAAUAUAGUGGAACCACGAUUAAUUCAACCAUAUGAAAAUGUUAUUAAGAACUUUAUUAGAGAGAUCAAGCUGCAGAGUACAGAAAUGGAGACCUUGGCCAUUGCUGUAAAAAGAGCACAAGAUAAAGCAGCCAUGCAGCUUGGUGAACUAGAAGAGGAGAUGGAGCAACGCAUACAGGCUACAGAACGUAAAGUCAAGAAGGAGGAGAAGCGUAAAACAGAAGAAGCUUUGAAUGAUCUCAAGCGUCAAUAUGAAACUGAAGUGGGGGAUCUCCAAGUGACAAUAAAAAAAUUAAAAAUGCUUGAGGAGCAAUCUAAACACAUUAAUCACAAAGAAGAUUUGGCAGUAUUAAAAAGAAGGAUACAUGAUCUGACCUUGGAAAACCAGAAACUUAAAAAAGAUCUUAUGGAAGCACAGACAAAUAUAGCUUUCCUUCAGAGUGAAUUAGAUACUUUAAAAAGUGAUAUUGCAGAUCAAAGUUUGAAUUCAGAAAGAGAUCUAGACAUGAUCAGAGAGUACACUGAAGACAGAGAUAGCUUGGAGAGGCAGAUAGCAAUAUUACAGUCAGCUAACAGGAAACUACAUGACAGUAAUGAUGGCUUAAGAAGUGCAUUAGAGAACAGUUGGAGUAUAUACAACAGAUCACUGCGUCUAACAAAUAUUUCCCCUGGAAACACAGUGUCCAGAAGCAGUCCCAAAUGUGGUCGUGGCCAUUCUCCCCAAAAUCCACAAUAUGACAGGCUGUCUCAUUCAUCCUACGUGGAUGAAGAGUAUGACUCCCUCGCACUUUGUGAUCCAAUGCAGAGGAUAAACUGUGAAGUUGACAGCUUGCCUGAAAGCUGCUUUGAUAGCGGCUUGUCUACAUUAAGAGAUUCCAAUGAAUAUGAUUCAGAAGUGGAAUCCAAGCAUCAAAGAACAUCUGAGAGAACACAGUGUCUGCAGGAAAGCUUCCCGGGUGAUGCUUCUGACACAGAUGUCCCAGAGAUACGAGAUGAAGAGAUAUACAGUCCUGAUGAUGUAAAUACAGCAUUGUAUUGGAAGCCCAACCAAUCAGUCAAUCGAAGCAGUUCUGGAGCUUCAGCAAGGAAACACAUCCCUGCAUUCUCUCCCCAGGUUGAUUCUAUACACAGCAAUUCCAGAUACCCAAGCUCAGAAAAGGCCUACAAGAUAGUUCUUGCGGGGGAUGCAGCUGUUGGAAAAUCUAGCUUUCUUAUGAGGCUUUGCAAAAAUGAAUUUCGAGGAAACACCAGUGCAACCCUGGGGGUUGACUUUCAAAUGAAGAGACUCAUUGUUGAUGGAGAACCUACGGUGCUACAGCUUUGGGAUACUGCUGGUCAAGAGAGAUUCCGAAGUAUUGCUAAGUCUUACUUCAGAAGAGCAGAUGGAGUGCUUCUACUGUAUGAUGUUACCUGUGAAAAAAGCUUUCUUAAUGUACGAGAAUGGGUAGAUAUGAUAGCGGAUGCCACACAUGAAAAUAUCCCAAUCAUGAUGGUGGGAAACAAAUCAGAUCUUCGUGAGACAGCUUCUGAAGAAGGACUGACAUGCGUACCUCUCAACUAUGGAGAAAAGUUAGCCAUGGCUUACAGUGCACUGUUCUGCGAAACAAGUGCUAAAGACGGCUCUAAUAUUGUUGAAGCAGUGCUACAUCUUGCUCGUGAAGUGCGAAAAAGAAGCGAUAGCAAAGAUGAUGAUAAAACAGUCACUAAACUGGCUGGGACAACACUAAAAAAGUCUUCACUCACGAAAAACUGCUGCAGUGUAUGAGAAGCAAUUCCUUGGCCUCAAAGAAACAGACUUCUGUGGCAAUGGAAGAGGAAAAAAUGAAAAGCAUAGGUUCUUCCAGAUGAUCAGCAGAAAGAAAGAGUGAACUAACUUUUCAGCUGUGAGGCCCAUAAGAGUCUUUAAAGCAAAAUUGAGAUAUGCUGCUUAUUGACUGAACCAAGCCAAAAAGAAUAAAAUUCUUAGUUCAUCAGUGGAAUUACUUACUUCUUCAUUUAUGCAGUUAAGAUAAUUCCAUUUCAGAUCAGCUGUGCCUUCAUAAACCAAUCUGCUUGGAUGAAACUGGAUUCCCUCCAAAAUCUUAACUGUGUAUAUAAAUAAAUAUUAGCUUUUUUUUUUUUUAAACAACCUAUUCUCUGCCUUGCAUCGUGAAGAUAUUUGUGAUUCUUCGUCACUAAUCUUAAAAUUUGUGCAGUACUUGUUUUUGAAGGAUUUUCUGAAGCAAACAACUUUUCCAUACCGUGCACCUUUUGAGAACCUAGAAAAAGUAGUGAUGGCUUGGGAAUUGAACCUGAAGUGGGAGAAAAAUACAACUAUCUAGAACUCUCUAGAAAAAUAUGUACCCCUUCUUAUGCUGAAUUCCGAAUGCUGAUGUUGGUAUUACAUAGGAUCUCUGAGUAGAAUGUAUAAAACAGAUGGCUUCUUCAUCUGUCAAGUGCCCUCCUGGAAUUUGGGGACUGUAACUGGAUGCUUUUUUGACAUAUAAGAAGUUGAAGUCCCAGCAAUUCUGAAGAAUGCUACAUGGAGAAUUGCUGUUAUAAAAUUUAGUAGAUUUAAUAGAUAACCUAGAGAAUAUUUUAGUUGUAAAUAUUGUUGCAGGGUUAUACCAUUUCAAACAACCUAGUUAAGCAGAAGGAAAGCUGAACUAUAAAUUUUUGCCCUGAUGUUUUAAUUUUGUGUAGACUAGACUAAAGUUGCAAAUGAUAUUUCUUCAUGGAUUCUCAGAAUUUGGAACCUCAAGAUACUUUGUAAGUAAGGGUUCUAACUAGGUGUGCAUACAUGCAUAGUGGAUUUGUAAUGAUCACACUUUUCUUGUCCACAUGCUGCAAUGUAAUGAUUCAUUCCUCCUCUUCACGAAUUUAAAGGAACAGAAGGCUGCAAAGGCUGCAAAUUGUAUUGUGAUGGUGCCUUGGCGAUAAGCGGAAGUGAGACCUGAGAUUGUAGUCAUUACCUUCCCUUCUCCCCAGAAUAGUAAGCUGCUCUCUGAAAUGUUGCUACCGUUUUUGUACUUUGAUGUCAAGAAGAAGGACUAAAAUAUGUGAAACUUGAUCAAAAGCCUCAUUCUUGCUCUGGGUCUGAAUUGAACAUGAAAGCAACAAGGCCUCACUGAAGAAAAUACAGGAAAGCAAAUUCUCUAUAUAAAUAAUACUCAAAACCAGAAAGGAUCUCAAUCCCCUAACCCCAGGAGAGAUAUUGGCCAUUGUAAAAUGAAUAGGCAUUUUGGCCUUCCCGCAAGGCAGAGGUGUCUAAUCAUGGCAAUUUUAAGACUUGUGGACUUCAAUUCCCAGAAUUCCCCAUCCAGCAUAGCUAUCUGGGGAAUUCUGUAAAUUGAAGUCCUCGGCUCUUAAAAAGUUGCCAAAGUUGGACACUCCUGCCCCAAGGUAUUGCUUUGCAACAAGGGAACCAAUAGAAAGACUGUUUGAACUUCUUUGCAAGGUCUCCUUCAUGCUUGGAAAUUUAGAAAAGGUUUAUAAGAUUAACAUCUACAUGGACUACAUGAAAUCCAUAACAUGCAACAUAUGCACUUUAAUAUGAUAUUGUAAUGAUAAGCCUUCAUGCUAUACAAAACCCUAACUUUCCUGAGAAUCUGAUAAAGAUCAGGAAAUGCAAAAGUGUGUCAUUCUGUUGGCUAGAUUGAGAGGUAGUUUUAUACGUUUUUAAAGUUUUACUAGAUUCAUAUUUUUCUCCUUGAUACAUAAAACUAAUCUCUUUUUCUAAAUGCAUAGGUUUUAUUUUGCUUUGCCGUGUUAAGCGUUCUUAUUUUUAAGGAAGUUUUCAUAGUUGAAACAAUAGUUAGCUGAUCACAUUUGUCAAUUUCUGUCCAAAUUAGGAAAUGAAUUUAAAUUCUACACGUCUUGAAAAUUAUUAAUUUCUCACAAGGCUAUGAGAAGAGAAACCUAUUUUUCUCUACUCUGAUCUAGUGUCAGAAAUGUUUUUACAGCUGGAUUCUCCAUGCAUUUUUUACAACCAGGUUGAAAGCUCCAAAUUGUCUUAAUGACCAACUUCACACCAUUUAGAUAAAUAAAUUGAAAAAAUAAAUUCAUUGUCUGAUAAUCUGA